AUGGACAUCAAGGAGUAUUUUGCCAGAAUUUCUUACCGGGGCUCCUACGAUAAGCCGGACCUGGCUACCUUGACAGACAUAUUCCAGCACCACAUCCGAGCGGUCCCUUUUGAAAACCUCAGCAUCCACUGCGGGGAAAGCAUCGAGCUGGACCUGGAAGCGACAUACAACAAGAUAGUGAGGAAGAAACGCGGGGGCUGGUGCAUGGAAAACAACCACCUUUUAUCUUGGGUCCUGAAAACCCUUGGCUAUGAUGUCACCCUCCUGGGAUCAAAUGUUUAUGUCCCGGAAUACGAUGCAUAUGCAGAUGAAAUCGAUCAUCUGCUGCUAAAAGUGGUGCUUGAUGGCAAAUCCUACAUCGUGGAUGGUGGGUUUGGGAUGACCUACCAGAUAUGGCAGCCGAUGGAGCUGGUUUCGGGGACAGACCAGCCGCAGAUCCCUGGGGUCUUCCGCUUCCUGGAGGAGAGCGGGGUCUGGUACCUCGAGAAGGUGAAAAGGAAGCAGUGGGUUCCCAACCAAAGCGUUUCCACCUCCCAUAACGUGGAAAAAGAAGUUUGCCGUCGGGUUUAUCUCUUUACCCUUCAGCCGCGAGACAUCGAAGAGUUCAGAGCCAGCAACACCCACCUGCAGACGGCGCCGGACUCGCUGUUCGUGACAAAGUCUAUGUGUAGCCUGCAGACCCCCGACGGCGUCCGGGCUCUGGUGGGGUGGAAACUCACUGAGAUAAAGUACAAUUAUAAGGAUAAUAUGGAUCUGGUGGAAAUCAGAAUCCUUGCAGAUGAAGAAAUGGAGAAAACACUGAAAGAGAAAUUCAGUGUAACACUAGACAAGAAAUUUGUACCCAUCAAUACAAGCAGGUUGUCUCUGUUUUAA